GAGGGGAGAGAGCUCCUGGGUUGCCGCUGCUAGAGGCUGUUUCUUUACUCUCCCUGGCAAGCUCUCCUGCUGCCUGGGAAAGUGGGUUACAGAGGGAAGAAGCUCAGCCCAGAAGCUGGCAGAGAAGCAGCCAGCCAGAGAGUCUAACGAAGCACCCCUGCCAUUGACAGUCGCCUCCUCAUCAUUAAGCAUUUUAUAUUUGCACUCUUCCUUCGGAAAAUUUGUUCCUCCACUUUCUCCCCCACCCCUGCUUGGAUUUGAUGAGGGCUUUGUUAAGACUCCGAGGGGAAAGAGACUGAGCGAGGGAAAGAGCCAGGCAAAGUGGAAGGGAGUGAGCGCUGGACCCGCCCGAGCAACCUUGGCAGUGGCUGAGAGCCCCGCGCGCUAGAGCCCCUCUCUGUGGCCAGCAGCGCGCACACGCGAGUCCACCGCGGACCAACUCGCCGAGGCCACCAUGGUCGGGAGAGUUCAGCCUGAUCGAAAACAGUUGCCGCUGAUCCUACUGAGACUGCUCUGCCUUCUUCCCACAGGACUGCCAGUUCGCAGCGUGGAUUUUAACCGAGGCACGGACAACAUCACCGUGAGGCAGGGGGACACGGCCAUCCUCAGAUGUGUGGUAGAAGACAAAAACUCCAAAGUGGCCUGGUUGAACCGCUCUGGCAUCAUCUUCGCUGGACACGACAAGUGGUCUCUGGAUCCUCGCGUUGAGCUGGAGAAACGCCAUUCUCUGGAAUACAGCCUCCGAAUCCAGAAGGUGGAUGUCUAUGACGAGGGAUCCUACACAUGCUCAGUUCAGACACAGCAUGAGCCCAAGACCUCCCAAGUUUACUUGAUCGUGCAAGUUCCACCAAAGAUCUCCAACAUCUCCUCGGAUGUCACUGUGAAUGAGGGCAGCAAUGUAACCCUGGUCUGCAUGGCCAAUGGCCGCCCCGAACCUGUUAUCACCUGGAGACACCUUACACCAACUGGAAGAGAAUUUGAAGGAGAAGAAGAAUAUCUGGAGAUCCUGGGCAUCACCAGGGAGCAGUCGGGCAAAUACGAGUGCAAGGCUGCCAAUGAGGUCUCCUCAGCCGAUGUCAAACAAGUCAAGGUCACUGUGAACUAUCCACCCACUAUUACGGAGUCCAAGAGCAAUGAGGCCACCACGGGACGACAAGCUUCCCUCAAAUGUGAGGCCUCGGCGGUGCCUGCCCCUGACUUUGAGUGGUACCGGGAUGAUACCAGGAUAAACAGUGCAAAUGGCCUUGAGAUUAAGAGCACUGAGGGCCAGUCCUCCCUGACGGUGACCAAUGUCACUGAGGAGCACUACGGCAACUAUACCUGUGUGGCUGCCAACAAGCUCGGCGUCACCAAUGCCAGCCUAGUCCUUUUCAAGCGUGUUUUACCCACAGUCCCCCACCCCAUUCAAGAAAUUGGCACCACCGUGCACUUCAAGCAAAAAGGACCCGGGUCGGUGAGAGGAAUCAACGGAUCCAUCAGUCUGGCCGUACCACUGUGGCUGCUGGCAGCAUCCCUGCUCUGCCUUCUCAGCAAAUGUUAAUAGAAUAAAAAUUUAAAAAUAAUCACAAAAAAA